AGGCAUGUGUGAUGUCACUGCCGUGUCACACUCAACAACAAAUCAGCGCACAGCUCGACUAGUGUUAUGCUAGCCAGUUUUAAUUGCUCAAAACUGUAGCUGGGCUUCCUGUAGGAACGCAAAUAAUUAAGAAUGGCUGAAGUUGAGGAGACGCUGAAGAGAAUCCAGAGUCAGAAAGGAGUGCAAGGAAUCAUCAUAGUCAACUCUGAGGGCAUUCCUAUUAAAACCACUCUGGAUAAUGCAAGUACAGUGCACUAUGCAGGCCUCAUCCACCAGCUGGUGAUGAAAGCACGGAGUACAGUUCGAGACAUCGACCCACAGAAUGAUCUCACCUUCCUCAGAGUUCGCUCCAAGAAGAAUGAGAUUAUGAUUGCUCCAGAUAAGGACUAUUUCCUGAUUGUCAUUCAGAAUCCCAUGGAGUGAAAAUGCUACAUUCUUUAUAGCUUUUAAUAUUUGCGGCAGAAAAAUGAAUUUUGUUUAUAAGGUAGUUACAGAAGUACAGCCAAUGUCCUACAAUCUGACACUAACAGGCAGUAUGGUCUCUGUCAAACAUUGACAUGCAUGAUAUAUUGAUGUUCUGUUAUUCCGGAUCAUUCCAGUAUUUUUUUCCCCCCAUGAAUUGUUUAAUCCCUUAAUUUAUUGUUGUUUUAUGUGCUUUUUAUGCCAAUGCUCGAACAGUUUCUCACCAUAACAAUAAAGGAAAAGCUAAAUGUA